UGAAUAGUUGGCAUUUAUUUGUCAACUUCAAAACUAAACAAAAGCACCGCUCUAGUAAAUAGCGUGAGUAAGCAAGUUGAAACCUCUCCCUCCAAAUUAUAUAUACUCUCUCUCUCCUCCUCCUCCUCCCCCACCCCAUACCACUAAGUCACAAACACAAUCCUCAAACAAUUUCCCACUACUUUGUCUCUGUCUCUGUUUCUCUCUUAAUAACCCUUCCAUUUCGAACUAGGAUCGAUGCUACAGGUGGAAUCACUGGUUUCAGCGUGCGCCGGCGGAUCCAGCGAUCGGAAAAUCGCCUGCGAGACCCUGGCCGACGACGUCCACCCCACGGAUCCGCCGGAGUCCCACCCGGAUUCUCCGCCGGAGUCCUUCUGGCUCUCGAGGGACGAGGAAUACGACUGGUGGGACCGCAACGCCGUUUACGAGCGCAAAGAAUCCACCAAGGCAAGUAAUAAUAAUUCAACAAACCUAAACCCUGGCAUCAACUCCAGCAACAACUCCCAGCGUUUCUCUCUCAAUUUCAAGUCCAAGGCUUCCACCAUCAUUGGCUUACCUAAGCCGCAGAAAACCUCCUUCGUCGACGUCAAGAACCGCCGCAACCACAACAAGCCCAGUAACAUCAGGCUGUUCCCGAAACGCAGCGUUUCGGUCGGAAAAUCUGAGUCAGGACUCGUCGAACCGUCUUCGCCCAAAGUCUCUUGCAUGGGAAGAGUCAGAUCCAAGCGCGAUCGAAAUCGCAAGUUGAGAAGUUCACGAAAGUCUUCCCCUGACACAGACGCCAAAGAAAAACACAGCAGAAGCGGAAAGAAACCCGGUUUUUUCGAGAGUUUUCGCUCUAUUUUCCGGUCCGGCCGAAAAGGGAAACCGGACCGGAAGAAAAGCGAUCCCCUGGCCGCGGACUCAACUCAUGAGACGAAGAGCGGUGCCGUUAACUACUCUAGAGCGCGGCACAGCACGUCGAGCUUGAACGACGUGUCGUUCGAGGAGUCAGUCUCGCGAAACAGCGUGUCGGAGAGCGAACCGCCCGGUUUGGGUGGCAUGAUGCGGUUCGCGUCUGGGAGAAGGUCUGAGUCGUGGGGAGUAGGUGAUUCCGAAGGACACGUGGCACAGUAGUAUUGGAUGAAGAUAACCGUUCGGCGAGGGCAAACACGAAGUGGGGCCCUUUGCCCUUGGAUGUAAGCAAUUGAGAUAAAAAGGCGAGUCUUUUGGCGUGGGACCAAGGCGUUGGAAGAGGGAGUGACGUGGCGCGUUGAACAAAUUUUACUUGUUACUGUUUGGAAAGUAAAAUCUUUUUCCUUUUGUGCUGUGCUUGAUUGAAUCUGGUGUAUUUUGUAGCCACAAAGUUUUGUCUUGUAAAUAUACACGAGUCAUGAGUGGUUUUUGUUUCUUUGAAUUGAGCAGAUGUAUGUAUAUUUUGAUUUUCUCUCUUGGGUUUCAAUAAUUGUAUGAAUUGUCCAACGGUGCAUGCGUUGCCGGUUCCCUCUCCUUUUCAAUUAAGCAAAAUUAUUAAGCAUGGGUGUUAA